AUGCCAUUUACGAUGAAGAUCCCGCCGACUGAUAUCAAUUCAGCUGUCGUAGCUCGAUCGGAGCUCAAAUCUCAUCUCAAGCGAUUGUUUGAUCGGCCGUUCACUAAUGUAUUGAGAAGCGCAGCCUCUGAGAAACCGUUUCCUGUCAUCGUCACCGGUAAAGCUCAAUGCAACCGAGAUGGAAGCACCGUGACAGAGUUCGAGCCAAGUUCGUUUGUUUAG